AUGAAGAAUAUGCUCAUGACGCUCCCUUGGGACGUCUUCACCGAGGUCAUCCUCAACGUCGCCCCGUACGACACGCUCCGAGUUCGUUGCGUUUGCCGCGCCCUCAAGAAUGUCUUGGACAGCAGCGACGUCGCGAUUCGGCUCGUCAGAUACCACUUCCCUCGCGCUCGAGAGAGUCGCUUUCUCCGAGCCCUCGUCGAAAAAGGCGACAGGACGAACAUCUUGGGCAUCGACUGGGCGUACGUCUUCCGCCGGCUCGUUCGUCGCUACUAUCACAUCGGCAACGCCAAAUUCUGGCGGCAGUUCUCAGUACCCAUGGUGCGUCGCGGUGCAAACAUGAUGCCGUUUUUUCCCAUGCAUCGUGGGCUUUCCUACAAGAACAUCCAACGAGUUGUCCACUAUGCCGAUCCGCUGUGGUCGUUUGACCCUGAGCCUGGCCUGCUGGUCUACCCAGGACCGCCGGUCCCAGACAACUACGGUAUUUCUCAGUGGUACAUGCUCGAUAUUUAUACCGGCAUAACCGCUCAGAUUCCUUUCGACUCGGGCGGCCGCGUUGUACGCCGCGUCCGGCUCAGCCAUGGAGUUCUCAUCUUUGAGUGGUGCCGGCAGUUGUCUCCAUCGCAAUAUGUUCAUGCCGGCACAAGCCACGACAUCAGACUGCACUGCGCCACGGCCAUGGACGUCGUCCGCUCCGUACCUUGGAACGGCGUCUAUACUGAGCAUGUUGGAGGCCAGAAUGCUCGCUUCCCCUGGCGCUUCGACUUCCGAGGAGAGUGGCGGAUCGAGUGGCUCAACCCGCGACCGGACAGCGAGUGCGACCGCAUGUUUUCCGAUCACAAUGCCACGCACUACAUCGCCUACAUCCUGAAAACCCGCGGCCCGAAUAGAAUCCGGAACUGGGAGGCAGUCAAGUUGUGGGACAUUCGCCCGGAGGCUAUGGUAGCGGCCAGUGCCGCUGACAAGGAACCGGGAUACAAUCUGGUGAAUGCGAGAUGCCCUUUGGUGCGGGAACUCACAGCUAACGACUUGCGGUUUUACUUUGGUCGACAGGGCGCUUCUCCAGACUUCAUGAGCAUUCGGCUCGACGACCGCACCUGGGACGAGCAGACGCGGUCUGUGUGCGGCCAGUUCUACAUCACCGAGGAGAUUCAUCCCUGGAUGAACGGACCCCAUCGGUCCACGGCGCCAACCCGCGUUCAUGGGCUGUUCGUCACUGGCAUGCCUCUGACCGGCAUCGGACCGGAGUGGUACUUGUGCUGCGGCGACCCCAACUUUGCUUCGGCUCCCGGCGGCGGUCACGAUAUCGCCCACGGCCUCUGCCAGACUGGCCCGCAUACGCGCCAGCUCCCUGAGCCGGAGCCGCAGCCUGACGCAGACGCGGGCUCCAGCCUGUGGGACAUUCUCGGCAGCGACUCGGAUAGCGAAGUCGACCACGGCGACGACGAUGGCACUGGAUCGGCAGGCUCCGGCUGCUACGAGUAUGUGUUUCGUCCACUGACGGCGCGACAAGUGCGCCGGCUGCGCGGCGAACACGAGCCCACCGACGACGAGCUCAUGGAGCGCGACCUCGCCGAGACGUGGCCCGGCCGCCCCCCCUGCUGGCGACACGACGAGUACCCGCGCUUCAACCUGGCUCAGGUCUUUGACGCCGCCGCCGGCGUCCGCAUCAUCGCCCAGUCCGACAUCCACCUCGCCCCGUACUCGAGGUCCGCGAAGCCGAUCCUCCGCGUCGAGAGCGACGUCGAGGCCGCCUACUCGGCCGCCGGAUACAAGGACAACCGCGACGAGGGCCAGUCCUGGGAGUUUCACGAGUCCAUGUGGUCCCAGCUAAUGUGCCGCCACAUCAUUCUCGGCGACGAGCGCUGGAUCGUGGGCGAGGCCCCGGACAACAAAGCCCUGACCAUUGGCAUCUUUUGA